AUGGUAAGCGGACAAACCAGAACUCAAUUAGAUGUAACCUUCUGUGCUGACGGAAAGGAGAACGGGUCUGCAAACACGUUUUCCACCGAUCAUUGUACCCUCAUUGAUACCCGGAAAGUCAUCAUCAUCAUCAUCAUCGACAGCAUGACAUCAGUGUUUAACACCAAUGCUUCACUGUCGUACAACCAUGACUUAUUUGAAAGCCUUAUUGUAAAGAAAAGAAUAAAGGUGGAUGGGGGAGAGACUUAA